UAAACUCUAAACUCUAAACAGACUUACCACGCGACAACCCCACACUCCCACAAGCCCACAAGUUUGCUGGUUCAUCAAGUUCAUAGGAGGGUUGGCCAAACAACUUCAAAACCAGGGCCGGAAACUCCCGAUUCCCAUAAUUAUGAUUAACACCCCAGUGCUUUUUGGCGGUGAUGCUCUGCUGAAAAUUUACUGCACUUCACCUGUUCGAUGAAAUGCUUAACGAGAAUCCACCUGAUAAUCUUAGUCAGAUGGUAAUGACAUAAAAAUCCCCUUCAAAAAUGUUGAAGAUUGUGACAUACAACGUUAAUGGUAUCCGACAACGCAUUUCCCAGUAUGGUUCUCUCCUUAAAUUACUCGAUUCUCUUGAUGCCGACAUUAUCUGCUUCCAGGAGAUUAAAUCAACAAAGCAGGAGCUUACUGCUGAUUUGAUAAUGGCUCAAGGGUAUGAAUCCUUCUUUUCCUGUACUCGUACUACAGGAAAAGGUCGCACUGGUUAUUCAGGUGUUGCAACGUUUUGCCGUGUAAAAUCAGCCUUUUCUAGUACAGAAGUGGCGUUACCUCUGGCUGCAGAAGAAGGCUUCACUGGUCUUUUAGAUGCUUCUUCUGGAAAUGGAUUUAGUAGUGACAAGUUUUUUUCUGACAUGGAAUGCCUUAAGGAGUUUCGAAAGGAUGAGCUUUUGAAGAUUGACAGUGAGGGACGCUGUGUCAUCACAGAUCACGGUCAUUUUGUUCUUUUUAAUGUAUAUGGGCCUAGAGCGGGCCCUGAAGAUGAGGAGAGGAUCCAAUUCAAAGCCAACUUCUUCAAGAUUAUGCAGAAAAGAUGGGACUUGCUUCAACAAGAAAAGAGGCGAAUAAUAGUAGUAGGCGAUCUGAACAUUGCUCCUUCUUCUGUAGAUCGAUGUGAAGCUGGACCAGACUUUGAGAAAAAUGAGUUCCGGAGAUGGUUUAGGUCUCUGUUGGUGAAAAACGGAGGUUCCUUUUUUGACCUUUUUAGAGAAAAAAAUCCGGGAAGGACUGAUGCAUAUACUUGCUGGCCAGUACAUACAGGGGCUGAAGAGUUUAAUUUUGGGAGUAGGAUUGACCACAUGCUUGCCUCUGGUGUAUGCUUACAUGACAUGCAUGACAAUGAUGAUCAUAGCCUUGCUGUUUGUCAUGUUGAAGAAUGUGAUAUAAUGACACACUUUAGAAGGUGGAAGCCUGGAAUCUCCUCAAGGUGGAAAGGAGGUAGAGCUACUAAACUGGAAGGUUCUGAUCAUGUUCCAGUGUUUGUUACUUUAAAGGAAAUCACUGAAAUUCAAAUCCAUAAUACACCACCUUUAUCUGCCAGAUAUAUGCCAGAGAUUCGUGGGUCACAACAGACCAUUGCUUCAGUAUUAAUGAAAAGACAGAUGACUGAAAGAGUUGGUGUUGGUGCAUUGACAAUUCCAGUCACCAAAAUGUCAUCUUCAAUGAUGAAUGCCUGUGAAAUUGAGCCCAGUACGUCCAGCAAUAUACGGUAUGUGGCCACAGUAGGGAAUCAGCUGAUUGAAUCAGUAGGUGGUGUUGCAAAGAAGAAGAAAAUGAACCAAAAUCAACAAUCUCAACUGUCAUUGACAUCCUUUUUUAGUAAAAUUCCUUGUACUCGUGAAAAUGUGGAAAUUUCCACCAAAGAUCCAUCAGAUAACCUGGAAAGUAUUGUCAAGUCUCCCGAUUACAUGAAAGACAACACAGACACUAUCAACAAGAAAGGUGAUUUUGAUGAAAGUGCUUCUUCUCAAGAGUAUAACCCUCCAAUUGAUUGUUGUCCUGAAAAUGAUAAAAAGACUGUUGCUGUGAUGGAAUGGCAAAGGAUUCAACAACUGAUGCAGGAUAGUAUACCUCUUUGUGAAGGCCAUCAUGAACCCUGCGUUGCUCGGGUCGUCAGAAAACCGGGUCCUAAUUUUGGGCAAAGAUUUUAUGCUUGUGCUCGUGCUGAGGGCCCUGCAUCAAAUCCUGAAACUAGAUGCGACUUCUUUCGAUGGGCUGCCUCGAAAUCAAGGCAGAAAAAAUAACAUAGGAAAUUCGGAAGUCUGCCUCUUCUGUUAGGGAGUUGUCCCUUUUUUUUUGUUAAGGAUUUUUAUUUCAGUUUUGCUGUAUCUUGUAAAUCCUGUAUCAUAUAUCCCAUUAAUCAUCAAUUCCCCCUCCUCUCCCAGCUACCUCUGCUGUUUAAUGCAAGUUAGUACAAAAGCAGCUCAUUUUUUCUCUAA